AACCCAUAAAAUUAUCAUCACUAGAGUUUGUGAGUGAGUGGUUAAGAAGCCCGGGAAGCUCUGUCUGUAAAUUGACAGAGAACGAUCUUCACUCUCCCAUAUUCGUUUCUAAGAAUUUACACUGCAGGAAGGAAUAUGGCGACAGCAUACAUGGGAAUUUCUCCUUCAUUUGGCCGGAGGACAGCCUCGAACCGCGUUUCUUCAACUUCACUCUCCGGCCAGCAAUGUGACAAGAUGAGCAGCACCCUUUCGGCUUCUCGUUCUUCUUCUCUAACUGGAGGAACUAUCCGAUUCAACGCAGGACUCAUCAGUCGUACUUGCCGCCAUCUCAGGACAUCUCAUUUUAUGGUUUCUCCAAAGGCUGUUUCCGACUCUAGUUCUUCCCAAACCUGUCUUGAGCCCGAUGCUAGCCGGAGUGUUCUGGGAAUCAUUCUUGGUGGUGGAGCUGGAACAAGGCUCUAUCCACUUACGAAGAAGAGAGCAAAACCAGCUGUUCCAUUGGGAGCAAAUUACAGGUUGAUCGACAUACCCGUAAGCAAUUGCUUGAACAGCAAUAUAUUGAAGAUUUACGUGCUUACUCAGUUCAACUCCGCAUCUCUUAACCGACAUUUGUCCCGCGCAUAUGCAAGUAAUAUGGGUGGGUAUAAGAAUGAAGGUUUUGUGGAAGUUCUUGCUGCUCAGCAGAGCCCAGAAAAUCCAGAAUGGUUCCAGGGCACAGCUGAUGCUGUGAGACAGUAUCUAUGGCUGUUUGAGGAACAUAAUGUUAUGGAGUUCCUGGUUCUUGCUGGAGAUCAUUUGUAUCGCAUGGACUAUGAAAAGUUUAUCCAGUCACAUAGAGAAACCAACGCCGACAUUACAGUGGCUGCUUUACCUAUGGAUGAGAAACGUGCCACGGCGUUUGGUCUCAUGAAAAUUGAUGAGGAAGGCAGGAUUAUUGAAUUUGCGGAGAAGCCAAAAGGAGAACAGUUGAAGGCUAUGAUGGUUGAUACUACCAUUUUAGGUCUUGAUGAUGAGAGAGCUAAGGAGAUGCCUUAUAUUGCAAGUAUGGGCAUAUACGUUUUCAGCAAGGAUGUAAUGUUGGAUUUACUUAGAGGAAAGUUCCCUGCUGCUAAUGAUUUCGGAAGCGAGGUCAUUCCAGGUGCCACAUCAAUCGGAUUGAGGGUUCAAGCUUACUUGUAUGAUGGUUACUGGGAAGAUAUUGGUACAAUUGAGGCGUUCUAUCAUGCCAAUUUGGGCAUAACUAAAAAACCAGUACCAGAUUUCAGUUUCUAUGAUCGAUCUGCUCCAAUCUACACACAACCGAGAUAUUUACCUCCUUCGAAAAUGCUUGAUGCUGAUAUAACUGACAGUGUUAUUGGUGAAGGAUGUGUGAUUAAGAACUGUAAGAUUCACCAUUCUGUAAUUGGGCUGCGAUCUUGUAUCUCUGAGGGUGCAGUUAUUGAGGACACAUUGGUAAUGGGAGCGGACUACUAUGAGACUGAUGCAGACAGAAGGCUUCUUCUUGAGAAGGGAGGAGUUCCUAUUGGUAUAGGGAGGGACUCUCAUAUAAAGAAAGCGAUAAUCGAUAAGAAUGCACGUAUUGGAAGCAACGUGAAGAUUUUGAACUUGGAGAACAUUCAGGAAGCAGCAAGAGAAACAGAGGGAUUCUUCAUAAAGAGUGGGAUUGUGACUGUGAUCAAAGAUGCCUUGAUUCCAUGUGGAACUGUCAUCUAAAAGAUUAUUUAAUUUUUUUCCUCUUGUAUCAUCAAUAUCAUACUCCCACUUGGGUAAUUUCUCGCCAAACCAGUGUGAACCCGCGACAGAAAAGAUACACGAGAAAAGGAACAGAAAUAACGAGCAAGGUAUCGCAAUAUCCAUCUCAUCUCAUCUCAUUCUGUGUAUUAUUAUUGUAUGCUCUUAUAGUGAUAUUUUUGUUGUAAGUUAUGAAAAAUGGGAAAAUACCUUUAAUUUAUGUAAUUCUUUUUAUUCAAUAGUCAACUACUUUGCAUUGUUGGCUUACUCUUCAAAAGAAAGUUAGUCUCUGUUGACAUUUACAUUUAGUGGUAGCUGCCAAAAAGUAAGCUGUUUUUUUCCA